AUGGCUCCUGCCCAACCAUUCACGGAGAUCGACCAAGACUGUAGACCAUCUAUCAAUGCAAAAGUAGAACUUGAUACAGAAAACAGGAGUUCCUUACCAAACUCGGCUGCGGAGGGUUUAGGGUGCAUGAAAAACUGUGAGGACACAGCCAUUAGGAUGAAUGGAGAAGAUAAGGUUUCAAUGUGCACUUCGGAUGUGGACGUUGAUAUAAUUGAAUGCAGAAAUAAUCAUAACAGCAGCCUGCAGGCUGAAACUGAGGACCCCGAUGCAACUGAAUAUUCAAGCUCAUUUGCUGACACUAUGUCUGACACUGAGAAUUUUUCCGGAUUUAGUGAAGGAGAAGUGCAGUCUCAGUUUUUUGCGGACAAUGGUUUGGCAUCUGAUUUUGAUGCAUUUAGUAGUCCUUUUCAAAUGAGGAAGAAGAAAUUGACAAAUCAAUGGAGAGACUUUAUACGCCCUAUAAUGUGGCGCUGCAAAUGGAUGGAAUUGAGAAUUAAAGAAAUUGAAUCACAAGCGUUAAAAUAUUCCAGAGAGCUUGCAGUAGCAGAUCAAAGAAAACAUUCAGGAUUUGACCAAUUUACUAUGGAAGAAUUUGGCUCAAAGUCAGUGCCAUUUUCUAGUCAAUGCCGCAGAAAAAAAGCUAUGAAGAGGAGGAAGCGCAAGAGAGUUGAAGAGACAACUGAUAUAGCAUCAUAUAUGUCACAUCAUAAUGUCUUUUCCUAUCUUGAAAAUAAGAGAUCCGAUCCUGAUAGUACUUCUGUGGCUGAUGAGUUUAGUAAUGCAGUAAUAAUCACAGAGCAGAGUGCUGAUUACAAUGAUAAACUCAGCACUGGUGAUGACUGGUCGUUCUUUGAGUUCCGAGAUGGUGAUAAGUCCUUGGAGCAUGUCCUUUGGAAAAUUGAGACUGUGCACUCUCGGGUUCACAAGAUGAAGAAUCAAAUCGAUGUGGUAAUGUCCAAGAAUGCUUGUAGGUUUUCUUCCUCCGAAAAUUUAAGCCUUCUUGUACCUUGUGACGCUCCAACAAGCUCUGCCCAUAGUCCAGCAUUUUCUGCUGGCAAUGGAGACACAAUCUCUGCUGGAGCUAUAUAUACUUCAACUCAACAUAUAUCAGAGUACAAUCUCGGAGAUAUGGUAAUGCCUGAAAGUGCAGUGUCAAGUUUCGGGGAGGCAAUCGUUGUUCCUGAUAUAAUUGAAAGCACUGUAGGACUACUGUCUGCCAUUGAUGUCACCUUCCAUCAGCCACAGUUUGGAGACUCAAGCGAAGAUAUUGUGGAUAAUGUCCUGAUUCCUAAUGAGGCAGCUGAAGGAGAAAAGCACACUUUUGAAUUGAUAAGCGACCAACCUAAAGAGACUCAUGAGCAAUCAGACAAAGGCAUACAAGAAGAAGGUCCUUUUCCAACUCCAUCAUCUGAACCUGAUCCGUUGGUAGAUGCAUCUGUUCCUCAGGAGCAAUCUACUCUAGAAUCAUGUUUAGCUUCAGAUGUGAAUUUUCCUAGAAACAAGAGAAAGAGAGGAGAGCGAAGAGCUGGUUCAGUUGUUUGGAGCAAGAAAUGCUCGGGUGAGCCUGAUAGCUUAUGA